AUGGUUGUCCUGCUGGUAGGAUACCGGGCAGGCAGGGAGAUGGACGAUGGAGGCGCGGCGCGGCACGAAGCAGCGCCCAGUAUAACGGGCAUGAAAGGCGAUGCGCGGGAGGAGGAGGGGGAACGGGGGAGCGCAGACGGGGAGAGAGCGCGGUGCGAGGGCGCGGAGACGGCGCCGCGUCGCGAGAGGAUCCCGUUCCCGCCCAUGACAACGGAUAUGAUCGCAUUGGCUGAGGUGAGCCGUUGCAUGGUGACUUUUGAGGCCAAAUUUUCAGGUGACUUCUCACUUGACUUUUCAGGUGUUCAGCCUCAAAAGUCACCCGGUUCGGCUGGUACGGUCGCUGUGACCGAGCAGGACUCUCUCUCUGCUCGCCUGCUCUCCAUGUGUGCGUGUGAUGCCGUGGCUGUGACUACACACCUCACACUGCAAGUCAUCUGCAACCCUCAAGAGCUCCCCCCUUCCCCGCUUCCCCUUCACUCCCCCCUUUUCUCCGCUCCAUCCUCCCACUUAACCUCUCCGCCCCUACUGUCUCUUUCCCUCUCUUCCCUCUUUCCUGCACUCCCGCAGUUCCCCCUUCCCCAGUGCCACCUGCAGCAGCACUUCACAGCAUGCCUGGCUCGCUUGCGCCCCUCUCCCCCCGUUGCGGCCAUGGUCGGCCGGGAGAGGCUCAAGACACUAGUGAGACGCAGUGCUGCUGUGCUCUUGCAGGUGGGUGUGUGUGUGGGGGGCGCCCACGUCAAUGUCCAACCCCCCUUGCUUCUCUUCUCCGCCCUCCACAUCCCUCUCUCGCCUCCCCAGCCUUCAAGCAGCCAAUCAGGAGCCGCCACGUGUCCAGCGUGUCGGGGGAGCCGUUCGGUGGAGGAGUGUGUGAAGAGGGCGGUGGGGCAGCGCAUGCUCAUGAACCCCCGUGCUCGCUUCGUGCUUGCUGCCACCACUCAUGCUGCUGCUGCUGCUGAUGGUGACAGUGGCAGUGGUAGCAGCAGCAGCAGCAGCAGCGGCGGCGGCGGUGGUGGCAGUGUGUUGAAGGCUGCAUACCGCCUGAUGUCUGUGUUCUCCCAUCCGCCACCCGCGCUGAUUCAUGCGCUUGAGCAGCAGCACGAGCAGCAGCAGCAGUACGAGCAGCAGCAGCAGCAACAACAGCUCCUACAGAGCCCACAGCAGUCAAACGUUACGGACGGCGGAGAAGUUAUUGAGGGGAAUGAAAUGGAGAGACCACUGCCACAGCAGCCACAGCAGCCAGACGCAAGAGAAGGAGGUCUAGGUGCUGUGCAGAGGGAAGGUGGUGUGCGGUUGCGUACACGGCUGCUGCAGGAGAAGGAGGAGGAGAAAGAGGAGGAGGAGGAGGAGGAGGAGGAGGAGGAGGAGGAGGAGGAGGAGGAGGAGGAGGAGGAGGAGGAGGAGGAGGAGGAGGAGGAGGAGGAGGAGGAGGAGGAGGAGGAGGAGGAGGAGGAGGAGGAGGAGGAGGAGGAGGAGAAGCGGGAUGACAAGGAGAAGACAAAGGAUGAGGUGGCUGAGAAGGAGGAGAGUGAGGGAGUGGUGAUGCGAGAGGGGCAGGAGAGUCAUGAGCCACUGCCGAAGCCACAGCGAGAGCCCUUACGUCCUCUGCAGCAGCAGGCACAGCAGCAGGAACAGCAGCAGCAGCAGCAGCAGCAGCAGCAGGUGCACAAGAGCACUUUACCCCGCAUCUCCCUGCUCCUAGCCUCACAGCUGCAGUGGAGUCUAGUGCGUGGAGGCGUGGUGGAGCAGCACAGUGAGCUGGUUGUUGAGGGCGGCAGGGUGGUGGAUCAGGUUGGUGAUAGGGGGGGGAACUGGGAGGAUGGGGAGGAAGAGGAGGAAGAGGAGGAAGGAGAAGGCGAGGGGGCUGAAGGCACGAAAGAUGAUAGUACAGGCGGUGAUGGUGGUGGUGCUGCUGCUGCUGCUGGUGCUGGUGCUGCAGGAUAUGAGGAGGACAGGACUAGUUUCGAAGGGAGCUUGGCGUUUCCAUGUGCUGGGGAUGGGCUUGGAUUGGACAGGUUGAUGCCUACGGUUGGAGUUGCAAAUGCGUCUUCAGCAGCAGCAGCAGCAGCAGGAGAAGCAGGAGGGGGGGGGGGAGCUGAAGGAGCAGCAGGAGCAGGUGGUGAUGUGUGUUGUCCUGUGGUGCUGUCUCCCCGCUGUGGUGGUGGUGGAAGCAGAGGUGGUUUAAUGGCAACGCACAUCCCUGGGGUGGAGAGGAGCAGGGCGAUGAGGGGAGAAGAGCACACGUACAGCACCAGCAGCGUAUUCUUUUCGCUCAGUACUCUAAACCCCUCAGCUUUCAGCUCUCUUGACAGCAGCCCAGGCGCAGUAUCUCAUAUUCGCCUACCAUUCCGGAGACUCUGCAUUCAUCCAAGCCCAGGCGUCGUCCCUCUCAGGGUCCUUCCUCGCCUCCUCGCCUCUCUGCCACCCUCUCGCGCUGCCGCCGGUCCCACAUCGUCACAUGCACUGCUGUGCUCUGUGGACACUCCGCCUGCUGGUGUAUCCUGGGCUAGCAUCGCCUUAGCCAUGCACACAAACACACGCUCGCAGGCUGCUAAUGCUGCUGCUGCUGCUGCUGCUGCUGCUCUUGCUGCUGUUAGAUCUGAAGCCAAUCAUACAGGAAUCGAUAAUGCUGGAGAAGGGGAUAAAAGGCGGCAGAGGGAGGCGAGAGAGGCUGGGGAGGAAACGGAGAAGGAGAGGAAAGAGGAGGAGGAGAAGGAGGAGGAGGAGGAGGAGAGGGAGGAGGACGCGUUGCUGUGGUUGUUGACGAGUGGGCAGUGGCGCAAGGUGGCGCUUCUCAGCAAUCCAUACCUGCGUGCUGCUCGAUCCUUCCUCCACGUCUGCCAUCUCAUGCUGGAGGAGCCUACUCAGCUUGCGUGCAGCAGCAGCAGCACAUCAGCUGCUGCUGCGGCUGUGCUGUUCCAGCAGUAUGUGUGUGGUACAGGCCGAGCAGCACAGGUGGCACGGGAGCAUGCACGGGCUACUAGGGAAGCGUCUGUUUUUGUGCAGCAGGUGAGAAACUGCCAACCAGCUCUUUGGUUGGGGUUGUCGAUUUCGUCGCAAGUUGACGAUUCUGUUGCAGUUGCAAAUCGUGCUGCUGUUGCCAUUGCUCCGCUCUGCAUAACACACCCUUCUCCAUUCUGCAUAAUCCGCACGCCGUUCACUUCGUAUCCUUCCUCUCCACCUCCCCCUCCCACUUCCCCACUGGUCUCUCUCCCUGCCAUAUCCACUCUCUCCCCUCCCUUCUCUCUCAUCCCCUCCUCCUCCUCCAUUUCUCUCCCCUCCCUUCCAGCCUCUCUCGUGUCCCCUGAGGAAUGGGAACGUGUGGCUCGUGACCUGCGCCUGCCCUCUGUCUCCCAUGCCAUCCAUCAGUUGCUGCCUCUAGGCCUGCCUCCUCCCCUUCUUUCCCGCACUCUGCUUCAAUUGUAUAGCAAGGUUGCCUUUGGGUGUGUGAAGAGGCUGAAUCAAGCGGACAUGGCAAUCAGGCUCAAUGACGCUGCCUUCUAUGUUCCCCAGGCUCUCUUUGACAGGUUUGUUCGCAAUGCUGCUGUGAAUUUCUGGCAGAGUAGUACCACAAAUGCUACCGGUAGUAGAUAUCUGCAACAAAGAGGCUGA